AUGGGCGGAGAGAAUAAAAUGCUGAUUAUAGGGAUAAAUAAUGUGGAUGGUGUCGUCUUUAAAAAAUUGACGAACGCCAGAAGUGAUGCAAUGCGUGUGCAAGGAAUUCUUAGCUCGCAGUAUAGUUUUGUGGACGCAGAUGGCAGCGCUCUGCUGGAUGAAAAUGCAACCAGGGAAAACAUUAUGCGUGCCCUGCACGAAUUGGUGAACCAGGGUUUUAAAGAUGAUAAUGUUGUAAUUUAUUACGCGGGACACGGUUAUCAGAAUCCAAAAUCCAUGGCAGGAUACCUAAUACCAUUUGACGCUUAUAAAAUUCCGGGCAAUAGAAUUCCAUUUAAAGAGGUACUGGAUAUUGUUAAAGAAAUAGAAGCGAAGCACGUUUUGCUCAUUGCUGAUUGUUGCUAUUCGGGAUGCUUUAUUACCCGUAACAGAACAGCUUCCGGCUUGCGGGCACAUACUGUACUGGAGAAACUUGACUCCCGUUGGGUCUUGGUAUCAGGUGGAGAAGAGCCAGUAAGUGAUGGCCAGGAAGGUAAAGGGAGCCCUUUUGCAAACCUGCUGUGUGAUAUUCUUGGACAAAAUAAGGAAACGACUUUAGCUGCCAGCCAGAUCUUUGAAUGGGUUAUCGUUAAUAUGGCCACUGGUUACCCCAUUCCAAAAGCAGCUGAGAUCAAUUGCUCAGGUCACAAAGAUGGAGAAAUGAUUUUCCAUUUGAAUGAAACCAAUAUUGAGAAAUAUGAAACGCCAGUUGCUAAACCUUCAUUUAUCCGACCGGGCAUAAAGUUGCCUGGGUAUUAUCUCUCAAGAACAGUCACUUUUUACGACGAUCAACAUGAACAGAAAACUUUUUUUUCUCAAAAAGUUCAAGGUGAUAAAGUACUUGUUGAUUUACUAACGACAGAGAAAAGAAUUGUUAUUUUGGGAGGUGCAGGAAGCGGAAAGUCAAUUGAACUAAGAAAUCUGGAAAAAUUAUUGGAUGAAACAACCGCAAUGGUCCCGGUCUACCAGCGGUUUAAUACCUAUUCGAAACAGGAUAUUGAGGAUUUUCUUCCUGAAGGGUAUAAGCAGGUUCUGCCAUCCUCCCUGGUUGUUCUGCUUGAUGGAUUUGACGAAAUACAACCAGAAAAUGUUGUUGAUGCCAUUAGGAAAAUCAACCGUUUUGCUGAAGUGCGAUGUCCAGGCUUGAGUUAA